UGAACAACUUUGCUUAACAGAUCCUCUUCCCCUUUUGCUCUCUCUGUGUCUCCACCUCUCUGUCUCCAAGUUCACGAUCGGUCCCGUCCGCGAGCGCCCUUUAAGCUUGGCCUGCCUCGAGGAUAUUGCGUACCGUUCGUGUUCUUUUCCGAGGAUUCUUGAUUGGGUCGUUCGCGAGUCAAUCUUGUCGGAAUUUGGACCCGGGAAGUUGGUUUCGUGCCAUUUCCGUUGCUGUUGCCCACCUCGACGCGGUUUGUCCCGAUCGUUUUCGAUCUGAAUCCGAUCCGAGGUGGUUGGUUUCCGGUCCGGCGAUCCGGCUUCCGGGUGCGGGAACUUUUGCGAAUUCGGAUUCGAGUUUCUCGCGAUCUUGGCGAUCCGAUUCGAUUCGGGGAGCUUGUCCUGUUUCCUGUGCUCUGAAGUUUUAGCUUCCUUCGCUUCUGAAUUCGAUUCUUGAUCUCCCCACGAUAUCGAAUUCUUGAGAAUUCAGCUGACUUCUCGUGUUCAGAGUUCGAAAUCUUCGGGAUUCGGGGCGCUUGAUAGGAAAUUCGUUGGCUUCGAGCUCUUGGGGUUUGCGCUUUGGAUGUUAAGUUGGUAGAGAGUCGAUCAACGAUGGAUGGUUCGCAAGGAAAAUCAAAUGCUCCCGCUCCAUUUCUGGUCAAGACCUACGAGAUGGUCGAUGAUCCUCAGACGGAGUUCCUGGUGUCCUGGAGUGAGAGUGGAUGCAGCUUCGUGGUGUGGAACCCGCCCGAGUUCUCCAGGGAAUUGCUCCCCAAGUACUUCAAGCACAACAACUUCUCGAGCUUCGUGAGGCAGCUCAAUACUUAUGGUUUUAGAAAGAUAGAUCCUGAUCAGUGGGAGUUUGCAAAUGAAGAAUUCAUAAGAGGGGAGAAACACCUUCUGAUUAAUAUCUACCGACGCAAACCAAUCCAUAGCCAUUCAGGGCAGAGUGUUCGAUUGACUGAUACGGAAAAACAGGCGUAUGAGGAGGAAAUCAGGAGACUGCAGCACGAGAAGAGUUUGCUUCAGUCGGAGCUUCAAAGAUAUCAGGGACAGAAUCCGGAUGUCGAUUUCCAAAUACAGCUACUACGUAAGCAAUUCCAAAGCAUGGAACAAAAACAGACGCAGUUGAUGGCAUUUUUGGCUAAAUUAAUGCAAAAACCGGUAUUUGCUUCUCUUCUUACACAACAGUUGGAUAUCCCUAACAAAAAGAGAAGGUUGCCGGAACUGGAUCAUUUACAUGACUCGGAUGACAUGAACGAGCGAGAGAGUUUGAAGUUCCACAAUAAAAAUCCCUCUGGAGUUCCCUUUUCUCUAAUAGAUAUGGACUCCGUUGAGAAAUUGGAGCAGUCUUUGCACCUUUUGGAAAAUCUCCUUCAAGGAGUUGAUAAUACAAUAGGCGUGGACCAUCACGACUUUGGUGCAUUAUCAUUGCCUUCGCCGGCUGGUUUCACCGGGAGAAAAGAAUCUUCGGACGAUUCUGACGGGCAUAUCCACCUUUGGUCACCUGGGUCACCUCCAUCUUCGAAAGACAUCGCAUCGUCACCGGAGCUAGCACUGGGUACAGAUCACGUCGAAAGCCCGGAGACAUCAUCAGUGUGUCUCAACAUGGACAUUAGCCUCAAAUCAUCGGUGAUUGACGUGAACGUGGAGCCACCCUGCAUCCACGACGUGGAUAACUUGAAAGAACAGAUCCUCGAGAAAAUGCCCGGCGCACCGACCGCCGUCAACGAUGUGUUCUGGGAGCAGUUCCUCACCGAAGCCCCUUGCCCGACCGACUCUCAGGAAGUGCAGUCCGAAAGGAGAGAAGGGAAUGGAAGCAGGAGUCCUAUGGAGCCAGCUAAUCGCGGGAAGUUCUGGUUGAACUCGCAUUACGGAAACGACUUCACAAAGCAUGUCGGGAGCCUUGCUUCAGAAGGAAGAAGUUGAUAUUUUUGAUGCUUUAGGAACACCAUAGUUUUUUACACCUUUUUUCACCUGCAUAGGAUGUUGGGUCAUUCAUUUUCCUUGGUGGUUGUCCACAUACACGAUCCCUCUGUGUCUUUCCAUUGAUAUUACAGUAUCUGCUCCUAGGUAUUAGUUAAGAGAUGUAUUCGAACGAACUGAUGUAUUCUACCUGUCCUAACUAAUGAUCAUGUCGCACGUUUUACACUA